AUGGAUGAUUGCAUUUUAACAAUAUCUGGAAAUACUAUUACUAACAUCGAACAUCCCAAUUUCCGAUGUCAACUUCAAUAUUAUGAAGUUAAUGAAGCUGUCACUCAAAUUGACUAUAAUGCAAGAAUAGCAGAAAUUUAUAUUGCAAAUUUUACAAAUUUCAUCAAUAUCCUCAAAAUUCCAGAUGGAAUGUUUGAGUAUCAAUCUCUAGAUUUGAUAAUUUUCCCACCCAAAUUAAAAGAAAUAGAAAGAAAUGCUUUUUAUGGGUGCCAUGGAAAUAUCAGUUUAAAUUUACCGUUUUUAGAGAAAAUUGGAGAUAAUGCAUUUUGCAAUUGCUUCGCUCCAAUUGGACCAAUUAAUUGUCCAAAAUUGAAAUUCAUUGAUUAUCAAGCAUUUAGUGGUUUUGAUGGAUCAAAUUUAGCAUUUAAUUGUCCACUUUUAGAAGCAAUAUCAUCAUCUGCAUUUGAAUGUUGCGCAAAUAUUAAUAUCACAUUAAAUUGCGAAAAUUUAAUAUCCAUUGAUGGUUGGGUAUUCCAAAACUGUGAAAAUGUAAGUAUAGCAAUAAAUUGUGUUAAUUUGAUUUCCAUCGGUAACAGAGCAUUUUCUUAUGGUGUUAAUGUAAAUGUGUCACUCAAUUGUCCAAAAUUAGUGUCCAUCGGUGACGGAGCAUUUUCUCAUUCCUCUAUUAUAAGACCAUUUGAUUUCCCUAAAUUGGAAUCAAUUGGUUAUGGAGCAUUUAAAGGAUCAAUUAUAACAGGGCCUAUUAAUAUACCAAACAUUAAAACAAUCGGACCCAGUGCAUUUAACACAAAAAAAAGAGUUAAUAUUUCGAUUAAUUUCCCUAAAUUAGAGUAUAUCUAUAUUGAUUCAUUAUCAGAUUGUAUAUUUACAGAAUUCAUUAGUUUAGGCAAAAUAAAAUCAAUAUUGGAUUCAUUCUUCGAAGGACAGAGUGAAAUGAAAGGAUCAUUUACAGGGAUGAUAUUUUUCAAUAUUGGUAGAAAUUCAUUUCGUGGUUGUACUAAGAUGACUGGAUAUCUUGAUUGUAGUGAGUUAUCUGUUAUUAAUGAAAACGCAUUUUAUGAAUGUGGCAUCGAGGGACUUAUUAACACCAACUAUCUAACAAUCAAUUCAGCAGCAUUUGCAUACUGUGAAAACUUAAAAUUCGUUGAUUUAUCUUAUGUUGAUGAAAUCGAUGAUAAUGCAUUUUCUUUUUGUUUCUCAGCUCAUUUUGUUAAUUUCAAUGAUAUCAAAAAAAUCGGAAAGUUUUCAUUCCGGCAAUGCUCUAAUAUUACAGGAAAAGUACAUCUUGAUUCAAUUGAAUCAAUAGGCGAAGGAGCUUUUGCUGAAGAUUAUCAGAUCGAAUGCUUUGUUCUUUCAUGCGAAACAGUUGAGAUUGAAAGCGGUGCUUUCAUGAGAAAUAUCAGUUUUAUUUUAUAUUAUCCUCUAAAGCUGAACCAAAAUAUCUUAGAUGGGAAUGAUAAUGAUCGUUAUUUUUCUGUAUAUUACUACGGAACUGAUCCAUCACCAGAGUUGUCUGCAGAAGAGCAUACACUAUAUGAAUCUGCACAUAGAAUCUAUGUUCUCUGCAAUUAUACAUACAGUAGCUUUUAUGGACAGCAAGUUACUUUUCUAUGCAAUAUUCAGAGGAAAAACUCCGUUAGAAUGAACUUUCCUAAGUUAUUAUUUUCUUAUAUCCUUAUAUAUUCACAAACAACUCAUAAAGCUUGA